CUGGUCGAGGGAGAUGAAGGGACCAAUAAGCGUCCCCGCCUCGAGAAGACUGCUGUUGUUUCUGCUUCUGCGCCUUCUUCACUGGUCAAGGUCGGCCAGGAAGAGCUGGUGUCUUAUCUGCGGUACAUUGUCACUGCUGCCGAUCUUAAUGACGACAGCUCAGAUUUGCGAACCCACGGGUAUCGGCUUGCGCACGAGUUGGCUGAGCGUAGGGACUGGUCGAGCUUGUUCCUUUGGUCGACCAAACUACGACCAGUGCAGGCCACUCGAUCCCUAAGAUCGAGCAAGGGAUCUGCGUCCUGCAGAACGAAGUGA